CAGCUAUCUCCGGACGACGUCAGGUAAUCGCUCUCGGCCGUGUUCGUAUUGGCUCAUCAAAGUCUUCAAACACGACUCAGAAGUGCAUCAACGUGUUGAUUUUGCUCUCAUCUAGGCUCGUUGUUGUGCUGUUACCUGUGGAAGAGUACUGACGCCCACUCGGCCGAAGACUGCGUCGCGAUACUGACGUUGGCACAUCAAAGCGACUUUCACUUGCGUCCCGAAAUCGAAUCAGUCUCUCACCGGAUUUCAUCUCAUGGCUGACAGACCCAACAUACCGCUGAUAGUUUACUCUUAGGAGACCUUCUUUUCCUUUUCUGAUGACGUUUACGAUCUCUUCACUUCAAUUCUAUUAUCGAUAACGUAAACCCCCGCACGCCCUGACCAGGGUCACGGUCAUCCCGUUUCACAAUGCUCGAAGGUCUCGUUGCCAACCUGCUCAACCGCUUCCUGGGCCUGUACGUCCAGAACUUUGAUGCCAAGCAACUGAAUGUCGGCAUCUGGUCUGGUGAUGUGAAGCUUCGAAACCUCGAACUCCGCCGUGAAGCCCUUGAUCAGUUUCGAUUGCCUCUGAAUGUAGUGGAGGGCCAUUUAGGACAGUUGACAUUGUCAAUACCUUGGUCCAAUCUGAAGGGCAAACCCGUUCGAGUAAACAUCGAAGAUGUCUUCCUCCUCGCCGCGCCCAAGGAAGACGCAGAAUAUGACCCUGAAGAAGAGGAAAGGCGAGCCCACGCCGUCAAAAUGGAAAAGCUUGAAAGCGCUGAACUCCUCAAGGAGAGGAGCACGGAAGGCUUGAGCCAGGAAGAGCAGCAAAAGACACAAAGCUUCACGGAGAGCCUAGUAACGGCAAUCGUUGAUAAUCUGCAAGUGACGAUUAAGAAUAUCCACAUUCGUUAUGAAGACUCUAUCUCUGCCGCUGGCCAUCCCUUUGCUCUUGGCUUGACCUUGCAAGAAUUCAGUGCCGUAAGCACAGAUGCGGACUGGAAACCCACUUUUAUUCAAACAACCUCAGGCACAACUCACAAACUUGCUUCACUGGAUGCGCUGGCCAUGUACUGGGAUACCGAUUCAAGCCUGCUUGGGACUGGCACCGGAGGGCAAGUCGGCGCCGAAGCUCAAGGCGCGGAUCAUGAAGACCUUAUGAAUAAAUUUCGCGAAAUGAUUGUCAGGGCAGACAGCCCAACCAUUGGAGACCAUCAAUUUGUUCUGAAACCCGUCAGUGGGAGGGCUGGGCUCGAGAUGGACAAGACUGGUAAAUUGGAUCGACCCAAACUGAAGGCGCGCCUUCUUUUUGAUGAACUCGGAUUUAUUCUGGAUGAAGAUCAAUAUCGCGAUGCAUUAAUGAUGGUGGAUCUUUUCCACUACUUUGUUCGGCACCAGGAAUACAGAAAACUCCAACCAAAAGCUAGCCCAAAGGAGGACCCCAAGGCAUGGCUCAAGUUUGCUGGUGAUGCUGUAUUGAGCAAAAUUCACGAACGGAAUAGAAGAUGGACCUGGAGCUAUUUCAAGGAGCGAAGGGACGACCGCGUCAAAUACAUUGCGCUCUUCAAGAAGAAGAAGAAGGAUGAAAAGUUCUCUCCUGCUGAGCUCGAAGACUAUAACGCCCUUGAGAGAAAGCUUACCUAUGAGGAUCUUCGGUUUUGGAGAUCACUGGCGAGAAAUCAGUUACGCAAAGAGAACAUUGGCACAAAGAAACCAGCGCAGCAGUCUUCGGGCUGGACUUCAUGGGUAUGGGGCUCCAAGCAACAAAAGCAGGAAACCACCGAGGAGGAAGGUCCCGUCAUGACUGAACAACAACGGAAAGAACUUUACGAGGCCAUUGACUGGGAUGAGAAGAAGACUAUCGCUGAGAGCGUAUCCCUCCCUCGGGAGUCCAUUAAACUCCAAGUCGAGACGAGCCUAAGGACAGGCAGCUUCACACUCAAGAGGAAUCCCCACGGAAAUGCGAAUGAAAUCCUUCAUUUGGUAUUCGAUGCUUUCAGUGCCAAGUUUUUCCAGCGCCCUGAUUCGUUCCUAGCCCAGCUCAGUUUAGGAGGUAUGCGCCUGUAUGAUGGCACAACUGCAGAUACAUUGUUCCCUCAAAUAGUCCGUGUAAAGGCAGCCGGGGAGGUUCCAGAUCAGACAAUUUCAAGAGAGCUGUCGGAUGAGGAGGAUGCCCUGAAUGAUAAUUCCAGGCCCACGGACCCGGAAGAAGACCCAUUCUUCCAACUCCAGUUCGAGCAGCAUCCGCUGGAUGAAAGUGCUGACUCUGCGCUAAUGAUGAAGCUGAAAAGCAUGGAGAUCAUCUAUAAUCCUCAAUUCAUCGUUGAAAUUGCCAAAUUUUUCAAACCUCCUCAGCGCCACAUGGAAUCAGUUGGUGCAUUAAUGGAAACAGCUGGGGCAACAGUUGAAGGCAUUAGACAACAGACUCGCGCCGGACUCGAAUUCGCCUUGGAGGAACACAAGACAAUCAAUGCUCAGCUCGAUCUUCAAGCGCCGCUGAUAAUCAUCCCAGAGAGUGUCAAAGUGAAGGACUGUCAAUGUCUUAUCUUUGAUGCCGGACAUGUAAGCCUUAGCAGCGAACUUGUUGACAAGGAAACAUUGCGUGAGAUACAAUCAAAGCAGAAACAACAGUAUAGCGACGAAGAUUACAAGAGGCUUGAAGGGCUUAUGUAUGACAAAUUCCUUUUGCGGCUGGAUUCUACUCAGGUCCUCAUUGGUCCAUCCAUCCACGACACUAAACGCCAACUUAAGACUGAGGACGACACUAAAAAUCUACAUAUCAUCGAUCGCAUCAAUAUGGAUUUUGUAAUUGAGAAUUCGAUAGUCCCGAAAGCAACUGACCUCACGCGGUUUAAGAUUUCCGGCCACCUUCCAGUCCUCCAUGCCUCGGUCUCUGAUGCCAAGUAUAAGAAUUUGAUGAGGCUUAUUGAUGUGGCCAUUCCGAAGCUCGGAGAAGUCGAUGAAUUGCCAUUCGACAAUAAGGAAAGGACCGCAGUCAAGCCGACAACCUCCCAAGGCGCGGCAACUGUGGAUGCAUCUAGCCGACAACGGUCUACGUCCUUUCAGUUUUCUGCUCAACAGCGAGAGAUUCUCCUCGAAGAAGAUGAGACAGAUAAUGAGGGAAGCGAGAGGUUUGAAGAGACAUCACCUGGGAAACCGGACGCAAAUAUCGUUGCUCGCCAGCGUAAUUUUGAAUUCAAAUUUACUGUUGAUCGUUUGCAAGGAUCACUAUUUAGGUCCGAUCCGGAUGGCGAAAAGCCUGACCAACUAUUGGUAGAACUUGUUGCGGAGCAUUUCCAGUUUGACUUCUACCAGCGACCCUUUGAUAUGGUGGCCGAAGUGCUUCUUCGCUCGCUGAGCAUUGAGGACAACAUAGAAGAGGAUCCUCGCGCAGAGUUCAAGAACAUAAUCUCGUCCGAAGGUGCCGACUCGAGUGCUCCAGAAGACCUUAUUCACGUCAAAUUCACCAAGGUCAAGCCGGAAUCUCCGACGUUCAUGACUGAGUACGAAGGAAUAGAGACGAACCUGGAAGCAGCAAUCUCAACCAUUAAUGUUGUUGUUACGAGGAAGACAUUGUUAACUCUCCUUGACUUUGUCCUGGUGACGUUCACGGAUCAAAGCUCCCCUCCCCGCGAUAAGGCUGGCCUUCCGCAGGAGGAUGGUGCCGAAUCCGAACAUGAGAAGGAACUGGCAAAGGAAGCCGAGCCUCAAGCAGGGAAGAUCAAAUUAAAGGUGAAGCUACAGAGCAUUGUCCUUAUCUUGAAUAACGAUGGUGUGCGGCUGGCUACUAUGAGCUUGAACACGGCGGACGUGGGGAUUUUCUUGAUGGGCAAGGCAAUGCGUAUCGGUGCAAGAUUAGGCGAUCUCUCGUUGAUUGACGACAUUAACCAGGGAGCGUCGACAGACUCUCCUUUAAGGCAACUCGUUACAAUACAAGGCGACGAAUUGGCCGACUUCAGCUACGAAACAUUCGAUGCCGAUAGCCCAUCAUACCCUGGCUAUGAUUCUUCAGUCUUUUUGCGUUCAGGUUCAAUCAAGGUCAACUUUCUCACCGAGCCUUUCCGUAAAAUUAUCGACUUUUUCGUCAAAUUUGGAAAGAUGCAGGCAAUUUUCAAUGCUGCUCGCCAGGCAGCUGCGAACCAGGCUAGUCAAAUCCAAGAAACUGCCAACAAGAUGCAUUUUGAUAUAUUAGUGAGGACGCCAAUCUUAGUCUUUCCGCGGGUUACUCUUCUUGAUAAGCCUCAACGGGAUCUGUUGACCGCAUACCUCGGAGAGAUUUACGCGAACAAUAAAUUUGUACCGCUGGAUGAUUCAAGCGAGCCUGAGGUCGUCAAUCAUCUUUCCGCUGGGGUUCGCAACAUUCGACUUACAUCCGAUUUUCACUAUGAAGACGACCUAUCUGAGGAGUUGGAGCUCAUUGACAAAGUUGACAUCGAUUUCAAGGUCAAUUAUACCGAGCACAAGCCGGGAGCGGAACGACCUGAUUUGGAGAUUGAGGGGGCAAUGUCAGACAUCAACCUUCGACUUACUGAUGCCCAGCUCAAAUUCCUCCUCGAGCUUUCGCGCUCCGUGCCAGCCGCCUUUGCCGCUGACCCUGAGCAAGACGAAAGAGAGGCAGUAAAGGAACUUCCAGAUGAUGUUGUCCAGCCUGCAAAGGCGGUAGCAGAGGCCAACAUUGACCGAACUGACGAAGGACCUGUGGCCGAUCUUGGCCCUGAGCUUGGCACUGCGGCUGACAGUUGGACAAAGCUUGACUUCGUCUUCAAGGUCAAAACAAUCGGAUUAGAACUUCUUCUAGGCCCGGAAGGGAAACCUGUUGGCGACCUCAAUGCGGCAAGUCUAACGAAGUUUUCACUGAAUAAUACACAUGUGAAACUUCGCAUGGUCAGUGACGGUUCUCUGGAGUCCGAACUUCUCAUUCAUUCCUUCACUGUCAAGGAUAGUCGAGCCAAAGAAACGAAUAAAUUUAGAAAGAUUAUGUCACUGAUCAACAACGAUGUCAAACAACAAUUUAUGGCAAGCGUUUCCAUCUCCGGAGGCAAGGAGCGUAAUCUCAUUGCCAUGCUCACAAUCGACAGCCCACGUAUCAUUUUCGCAAUCGAUUACCUCUUUGCACUCCAGUCGUUUCUCACUGCUAGUUUUGCAUCGGACCAACCUGCCGAUCUUGAAGGAGAAGGAAUGGAGGAAAUCACCGCUGACGAGGCCGAGAGCGCACUAAGCGCGCAGUCGGACGCUCAGAGCGAGACCCCAAACGAGCGUGCUAUUUCUCACGAUCAACCUAAGGAAUCAGGCUCGAUGAGCAUAUCUUUCCGUGCAAAUAUUGUGGAUGCGCAGGUCAUUCUUAUCGCCAACCCUUCACUAGGAAGCUCAGAGGCCAUUGUUCUAGGCACGAAGCAGAUACUGAUGUCGCAACAGCAUGCGCUUACCCUGCAGGUAUUGGAGAUGGGCAUGUUCCUCUGCCGUAUGGACCAAUUCGAGACGAACCGGCUUCGCAUAUUGGACGAUUUUAGCAUCCACAUGUCUAUGGAUACUCGUUCACAAGGAAAGAAUUCAAGUCUUACCAGCAUUCACGUUGAUAUUGAGCCGCUCGUACUCAGACUGUCACUUCGUGACAUCCUCCUUGCCCUCCAGAUUGUCAAUAAGGCAUCGGAAUUGUCUAGCAAAGAUCAGCCCAAGAUCACGGACACCGAGCCUAAAAAGCUCAAAGAAAUCAAGGGCUCAUCUACAAUUGGACCAAAACGGAAAUCCUUGACUGCCAAACGCACGUCUACAGUGAUCACAAAAUCUGCGAAAUCAGCAGCGACUCAUCAGACUGCGCUUUCUUCUAGGGACCAGUCGGCCGAGGCAACCGCUAUAAUGAAGAGAGAGGAGCUCACUGCUGAGAUCCAGGGCAUCAGAGUAGUCUUGAUUGGAGACCUUCACGAGCUUCCUCUGCUUGAUUGGAGCAUCAGGAACUUUAAUGUGUCGGUACGGGACUGGUCUGGAGCAAUGAGCGGGGAUACCAACAUUGACAUGUUCGUCAACAUCUAUAAUUUCUCCAAAUCAGCGUGGGAGCCCUUGAUUGAACCAUGGCAGCUCGGGUUCCACAUGUCGAAAGACCAGAAUCCCGACCGGCUUUCAGUGGAGCUUUAUUCACGAAAGAUGCUUGAACUCACAGUUACUGCCGCAACUAUUGCCCUCGCCUCCAAAUCAGCACAAUUUCUUUCCACAGACGAAGACGUUUUGGCAAAGCCAAGAGGAUCAGAUGCCCCUUAUAAGGUUCGAAAUCAUACGGGAUUUGCAAUGAACAUAUGGGCCGAAAGUGGCAGUGGAGAUGAGGCUUCCGCUGCGAAACUUUCGGACGGCGAAGAAAGCCCCUGGCGAUUUGAAGAUCCCACUGCUGUUCGAGAAAAUUUGUCGCCUGAAGGCGGCUCGGGUAUUGUGGGAAUCAAGCUGGAAGGGAGUGGGUUCGAUAGCAUCGAUCGUAUUCCGGUGAAUCGAGAAGGCGAGACACUAUACAACCUCAAGCCUCGAAAAGACAAGAUUCUACACAGACUCCUGGUUGAUGUUAGACUCGGCUCCGAUAAUGUCAAAUACAUAACCUUCCGAUCUCCGCUUCUGGUAGAGAACAAGACGCAAAUCCCUGUUGAGAUUGGCGUCUACAGCCCUGAGGAUGGACACCUUCUCAAGAUCGAAAAGAUUCUACCGGGAGAGGGUCGACCCGCACCCGUAGGUGCUGCUUUCAUGCAUUCGUUGACCGUCCGACCAGACCAAGGAUUCGGUUACACCUGGUCGAAUGAGCGUCUUUACUGGCGAGACCUCCUCAAGCGACCGAUCAGGACCAUAACCUGUUGCAGCGAAGGUAGCGACCAGAAUCCUCCAUUCUACUUCCAGAUGAGUGCAAUCUUCGAUAAAAAUGACCCUUUGACGAGUGUGUAUCCAUAUAUGAAGAUUCGGCUCUCAGCCCCGAUCGAACUUCAAAAUUUGCUGCCGUAUGACUUCAAGUACCGGAUUUACGAUAAGAAUACAAAGAAGGACUGGACAAACUUUUUGCGUAAGGGCGGUGUUAGCCCCGUGCAUGUGAUUGAGCUGUCUCAUCUAUUACUGAUGAGCAUUCAUAUGGAGGAUACCGUCUUCAAACAGAGUGAAUUUUCAAUCAUCAACUCUCCUAAUCAGGACGACUUCCGACGAGAGGAUACCAUUACUGUAAAGGACGCUGAAGGCCUUCCAUUGAGGCUCAAACUACAUUAUUACAACAUUCCGGAUAGUGGCGGUGCAUUUAAAGUUGCCGUCUAUAGUCCAUAUCUUGUCCUGAACAAGACAGGCCUUGAUCUAAACAUCCGGAGCAAAUCACUCCUCGGAAGCGCCAAGUCGGCAGCAGGUCAGAACUUUAACGAGACUGCUGAUCGAGAUGCAAGACGUGUUCAACCCUAUAUGUUCUCCUACCCUACCGAUGAUCGUAAAAACAGAGCUCUCAUCAAGGUUGGCGAUACUGGUUGGAGUAAACCGCAGAGCUUUGAAGCCAUUGGAAGUACUUUUGAUGUUGCGCUACCAUCACAGACCAGCAAAACGGAAAUGCACAUUGGAGUCUCAGUCGAUGAGGGAGAGGGCAAGUACAAUUUGACCAAAGUCGUGACUCUUGCACCCAGAUUCAUCCUCAAAAACAAGCUCAAUGAGGACUUGAAUAUACGUGAGCCCGGCUCUUCUGAGGUCAUGACAAUCAGCCCAGGGGGACUGUUGCCUCUCAGAUUUUUGAGACAAGGCGUGGAAAAACAGCUUUGCCUUUGCUUCCCGGGCAUGAACAACCAAUGGUCGUCGCCAUUUUUCAUCUCGAACGUCGGCAGCGUUCAUGUCAAGAUUGCAAAGGCGGGACAGCGACAGAGGCUCAUCCGGGUAGAGAUCCUUAUGGAGAAGUCGACCAUCUUCCUGCAUUUAAGCCUAGAGACCAAACAUUGGCCCUUUUCCAUGAGAAAUGAGAGCGAUACAGAAUUUAUGUUCUACCAGAGCAACCCAAAUCUCGACGAAGAUGAAGAGGAUCGCGGCUCUGGAUGGCGCCCAAUCCGCUAUCGGCUGCCACCCAGAAGUAUCAUGCCUUAUGCUUGGGACUACCCCGCAGCGAAGUCAAAGGAAAUUAUCAUUAGUGCUAACGGGAGGGAGAGACAUGUCAAACUUGCAGAAAUCGGCAAUUUGCUCCCCAUGAAGGUUCCCAUAGCCAAGGGCUCACCUCAGCAGAAAACUAUUGAUCUGAAUGUUGCCGCUGAAGGUCCAACUCAGACUCUUAUUCUUUCGAACUAUAACCCUUCUAAGAGUUUAUACAAACAAAACUCCGCCAAGUCCUCACAAGCCAGUGUCGCUACAGGGUUUGAAGUUAAGGAAAUCGAUACAGACGUGACGUUCAGAGCUCAGCUUCGGUUCAGCGGUCUAGGAAUAUCUCUUGUGAACAAGCAUUUGAAGGAACUACUCUACCUUACAUUCCGAGAAAUCGAGGUCAAAUACAGCGAAUCAAAGCUCUAUCAAACGUUGAAUUCAACAAUCAAAUGGAUUCAAAUCGACAAUCAGCUCUAUGGUGGUAUUUUUCCCAUCCUUCUGUACCCAAGUGUGGUACCGAAGACUGGGAAGGAGAUGGAAGCUCAUCCAAUAUUCCACACUAUGGUGACAAGGGUCAAGGACGAUUCGUACGGCGUCCUAUAUAUCAAAUACUUUACAGUAUUGUUGCAACAAAUGACCCUGGAAAUUGACGAAGAUUUCAUCUUUGCGAUGUUGGACUUUGCUAAGAUCCCUGGUGCGUCUUGGGCAGAAGAGCGGGACGGGAAGCUUUGUGACGACCAUCUCGAUAUCCCAGAACCACAGCAAGAACAACACGGCCAGGAUGUCUAUUUUGAGCUACUGCAUCUCCAGCCCGCCCAGUUGGACUUAUCCUUCGUGCGGACGGAAAGAAUCAAUGCAGAGGAUACGAUGGCCAAUUCCAAUCCCAUGAUGUUUUUUGUAAACGUUAUGACUAUGUCGAUUGGAAAUGUUAACGAUGCCCCUGUCAGACUGAAUGCUUUGAUGCUGGAGAACGCACGAGUAUCAAUCCCAGCUUUGAUGCAGAACAUUCAAAGUCAUUAUACGCAGGAGGUGAUCCGUCAAAUCCACAUUAUUCUCGGUUCGGCUGAUUUCCUCGGUAACCCGGUAGGCCUUUUCAACAAUGUUAGUUCUGGUGUAGCGGAUAUUUUCUACGAACCUUACCAGGGUCUGGUGAUGACCGAUCGUCCUCAAGAACUGGGCAUUGGUAUUGCCAAAGGGGCUUCGAGUUUUGUCAAAAAGUCUGUGUUUGGAUUCUCGGAUAGCAUGGCCAAAUUCACUGGAAGCAUGUCCAAAGGUCUGGCGGCUGCAACCCUAGAUAAGGAAUACCAAGAUCAGCGCCGUAUGUCAAAAUCCAGAAAUCGACCGAAACAUGCUCUCUAUGGCGUCACAACAGGUGGAAACGCUUUCGCAACGAGUUUAGCCAGUGGUGUUGGCGGCCUCGCUCGUCACCCGCUCCAAGGCGCCGAGAAGGAAGGUCUUCCGGGCUUCGUCAAAGGUGUCGGAAAGGGCUUCUUGGGUCUCGCAACGAAACCUGCCAUUGGCGCAUUUGAUUUAGCUUCUAGUGUUGCGGAAGGAGUACGAAACACUACGACUGUCUUCGAUCAAGAAGGCCUUGACCGUGUCCGUCUCACGCGCUUCAUUGGACAAGAUGGUAUUGUAAGACCGUACUCGCAAAGGGAGGCCCUCGGUCAAUUUUGGCUUAAGACCUUGGACAAUGGCAAAUACUUCACCGAAGACUACAUUGCACAUCUGGAGCUCUCGGGGAAGGAACUCUUUGUGAUGCUUACCUAUAACCGGAUCAUGCUGGUAAAGGCAAAGAAGCUCCAAACGGAGUGGGACGUUCCGCUGAAAGACAUCCAAACCAUUUCCAAGGAGCGGACCGGUCUUUGCAUUACCUUGAAGGGCGGAACGAACGGACCGUUUGUCCCGGUUCAGGACGAAAGCUCUAGGAAUUGGAUUUACCGACAAAUUGCCAUUGCAGUCAAUGCGUAUAACGACAAAUGGAAUGCAAAAGGAUAAAUCGAAGAUGGGGUGAGAGCGUCUGGGAAAGUCAAUCUCCUCUUCAGUUCCUCUUUUUCCGAGAUUGGUUUGGAAGUUGUUCUGCACUAUCAUUCUUGCUUUCAUUGUACAAUUGAAGUGCUCUUGAAGGUAUAUGUUCUAAUCAAGGAAUACAAGACGCCUGGAGUGCCAGCUAUUAGGUCGAAACUUUUUGAUGGGAUCAGCCAUCGCAAUUGAUUGGUGGGAGAGGCAAAACGGCACUAGGAUCGUUGCUUGGGGUCAUGGGCCGGCAGCUCACAAUAUGCAAGUGCCCUUUCUCGACGCUAUCACGUCGGUUGAGAUAUGCAGCUAGUCACAGAGUAGCCUACUUCGUACGCAGUAUAUAUAAUAUAUACCCAUCUGUUCCUUGGGAUGAUUUAAUCCGAAUGCUCU